GCAGUAACAUUAUAUUGACGCUGUGAUGUGAAUUAUGUCACCAUUUCAAGUAAGAAAAACUUAAAAAAUAUCCUGAAAUUCAAACUAUUAGAAGAGCUGUUCUGCCCAAACUCAUUGCAUAUGUCUCUUCUGUUAACUGAUGAGAGGGGCGGGGUUAUGCACAGGUAUGUGUCAACUUUUACUUCUCCAUCAGUCAGUACAUUCACUCUAACACACACAUCUUUCAUCUCUCUGAUGGCAUUGGUGCUUCUCCGAUGGAUCUUCAAAAUGUUGACGGUGUUGAUCAUCUCUCAGAGUGUGUGGGUGAUCUACUACACAACCGACACACUCACAAGCCGAGAUGGGAUGUCAAACGCGUUUCACCAGCUGCACUGCGCAAACCUCAGACACAAGUUUUCCAUCAUCAAACCGGCCAAGAGUAUAAACAUCACGAGUUUCACGCAGGAUCUCUCAGAUCUCAUGAGCUGCCCGUAUAAAUCAAACACAACUGAACAGGAACUAAACAGAAUCAGACUGAAGUUGUGUUGUAAUGCCACAGGAUCAUUAUACCUGACAAAACACAACACCGCUGUCAAUCAAAAGAUCCCAUAUGAAACAAGCAUAAUACACACAUACAGAGUGGAUGCGGCACUUCACACAUUGUUGCCUGAGGAUUUCCCCUGGAGUGGACGUGGUUUGGGUCAGUGUGCUGUUGUGGGCAGUGGAGGGAUUUUAAAGAACAGCAGCUGCGGAUGCGAGAUUGACAGCGCAGACUUUGUCAUACGGUUUAAUUUGGCUCCGGUUAAUGACAGUGAUGUUGGACUGAAGACAGACCUGAUCACUAUAAACCCCAGUCAGAUUCGCGCAGGAAACCUGCAGAAGACUCCUGGUCUGUUUGCGGAGCGUGUCAGUGUUUACGGCAACUCCUCCCUCAUUCUCCCCGCCUUCGCCUACACGUUCAACACUCAGCUGUCAAUCAAAACUCUCAAAGACCUUCAGCCAAUCAGACCUCAGCAGCCGGUCGUGUUCUUCAGCCCAGACUAUCUGAGGACGCUGGACCGUUACUGGAAGAGGCGUGGCCUGAAGGAGAUCCGCCUCUCCACGGGGUUUAUGUUGAUUAGCAUGGCAUUAGAGCUGUGCGAGCAGGUGCACGUUUACGGAUUCUGGCCGUUCGACAGCGACUUGCAGCAGCGUGCAGUUCCGCAUCAUUAUUACGACCAGAAAGGCCCAAAACACGGCAUACACGCCAUGCCAGAGGAGUUCCUGCGCCUGCUGCAGCUGCACAGCCAGGGGGCGCUAACACUGCACCUGCUGCCCUGCUCUUAAUAGACACACGCAACAUAUUCUGCACUUACUCAAUGUGUUUGUGCUUUUAUGUCUGUGUUACUGCUGACCACUUAACCCCGCCCACAACCCCGCCCAAAGCCACGCCCUCUCCACCCAUGUCUUCUGAACGCCCAAUGGGUUUGAGCAGCCCAGAAUUAUUAAAAGAACUCAAACAACCUCAUGCGCUCAAACACGUCUCGGCGCACACGGGACUGACGAAGGUGUUCUGUGGAAGAGGACGACAAAAUCAAGAGGCAGAGAGCCAAUCAAAGACCCCACACUGAAGCUCCGCCCACCACAGCAACGAUCCUGCCACGAUUACAGAGAGCUGCUCUGUCAUUGGCUGUUUGAGCUGCCAGUCAGUGCUAAGCCCCGCCCUCUGUCAACAGGAGGCAGAAAUAAGUGCUGGAUCUUUAGUUUAUGGAUUGUGACAGUUCAGCGCUGGAAGUGUGAACCUGUUUAUCACUCUGUAGUGCAUCUGAUAUUUGAGCAAUGUGUACUGUAAAAUAAAAUCAAAGCUCAACUGAUGGUUGGGUUGAGAUUUAAAUUGGAAUAACAGGAAGAUUAAUUUACUUCAUUACAAUUCAAAGAAAUUCAACACACGAGAGGAAAUUAAUUUAUCCAAGUUUUGCAAUCAAACAAGAUUACAUCCAUUCAUUUUGACUAAUUAUGACUAUUUAUUUUAUGAUAUGUAGAAUAUUUGAAAACCGAUUAGACACAUUUCUGUGUAUAAGCAAAGUUUGAUACUGUGAAUUUUUUAUAUAUAUACAUAUAUAUAAAAUUAUUAGCCAUCAACACUGGCUGUAAUUUUGCCAUUAAGCACCAUACAACAUUGUUUAUGGAGAAUUUAAUAAAAAUCUGACAUCAAAUGUUGGGGUACAUAGAGCAUUCUGGGAAUAAAGUCUUCUUCCACUAUGGUCCAAAAAAAUUAAAGUUAAUUUAUUAAAUAUAAUGAAAAACAUAUACAUUAAAUAAUUUAUACAGGUGACAUUUCAAACAUUAAUAUCAUCUAUUGUUUCUGGAAAAUAGCCCAAAUGAUGUGUGUAUAAUUAUAUAUUUGGUAGUUCAUGAAAAUGAGAAGUAUUCUAACCCUGUAAAGUCUGACAUAUGAAAGAAUUUGUCAGUAAAUUCAAUUUUUUUAUUAAACUGAUUUUAGUACCAUUAGACAAACUAUAAAAAGAAUUCGUAAAAAUAAAAUAAUAAUUUUUGCAUGUUUUCUUUUUUUUUUUUUGUAUGUGUCAUAUUUGACCCAUUAGGCUUUAAAGGUCAUUAUCCUCCUGAUUUUUGUGUAGGACAUUAGUUAUUGAAGUUUGUCUACAUUGGUAAAUCUUGGGGUAUUAUCAGAGGACUCUCUGGGCUUUUCAGAGAUACCAAAUGUUUGAUCACAGUUCAAAUACAGUAUGAAUAAAAUAUUUUUUAUCAUAUGUAUUUUAUGCACCAAACACUAUAUUGACAUUUAAAAAAGGGACAUUUUUAUAUAAGUAAAACUUCUAUGUCAGAUUUUUAUUGUGGUGUGCAUGAAUGUAAUGUAAUGGUGAUUGAGAGAUAUUCCUCAAAAGUCUGUUGUAUCAUAUUUGAUACAUGGAUUUCAAAGGGGCUUUUUCAAUAAAAUAAUAUACAAACUUUAAAUCAA